AUGAAGCAUUGCAACCAUGUGCCCGAUGCCAGCUGCGAGCUCUGUGGAUUCUACUUUGAGAACCGCAUAGGUUGCAACCGCAAGGCCCUGGCCAGCACGCCCGCGCGCACCUGCGUCAAGAGGAGUGAUCGAGGAGGGAACGCCCUCGGCUUCACACCCAGCAUGCGGGCAGCCUCUCUCUCCUCGGCAGAGCUGGAUUCCUCCCCGCCUGCAGUUCAGCGCUCCCCAGUGGGCAGGCACACUCCCGGCAGUCCCUUGGGGAAGCGAGUGAGCAGAGAGCUGGGGGGAGGGCACUGGGAGAUGGGGAGGGGGCCUGAGUGUGGCGGAGUGGGGGUCCCGGGCUCUCCAACAUCGCCAGUGUUGCACGACCUGACAACCCAACAUCAGCUUCUUCAUCAGCAACAGCAGGGCGCUCGGAGCGAACUCAACAUCCGCUCACCCAGAGGGUUCGAGAGGAGACCCCCCAAGCACCAGGCCCACCUGGAGGGGGACGAAGCCCUGGAGAGGCGUCCCACGGCCCCCCGAGUCCGCACCAUCCCCUCCCUCGUGCCAAAGCCCCCCGCCACCCCCCUCGUCAAGAUCCUGGGCAAUAUGUACUGCCUGAAGUGCCGGUUCUGUGAGGUGCAGUUUGUCGGUCCGCUCUCCAUGCAGGAGGAUUGGAUCAGGCACUUGCAGCAGCACAUCUUGGAAAUGAACUUCUCUAAAUCCGUCCCCCCUCUGGAGGAGAGCAGCCCCCCAGCGGAGCCCAUGGACACCGCCACACAGGUCCUGUAGGGGGCGCCACCAGCCGACCAUAGUCAUUUUAUACAUUUAAAAAAAAAAAAAAAAAAACUUUACAAAUUCCAAAGAACGGGUGUGACUGGUGCCAUUGUUCUUAGUUGGAAGUACCCCGUCUCCCUGUCCUGAGGGGGGGGGGGGGGG